AUGCAAAUUAGAUUUGUCUGAAAAAAAAAAGUCGCGAUUUGGGGAAAUCGCAGUGUCGUCGGAUCGGAAGCCAUGAAAACAAAGCGCGAGGAAUCAGAAAAUGCGAUGGACGAAGAGGGGACUGCGAAGAGGCGAAGACUGGAGGAAGAGUCCUCUCCUAAACGCGCGUUUGAAAAUCCGCUUCCACUGGCCUACGAUGACGAUGAUGGAGAAGAAGAGGAAAGUAGGAGAAACAGAGGUGGAAAUGGACUUGUUAACAGCGGCGGAAGCACGGGGCAAAACGGCCGUGAUUACUACGAGGACGACGAUGAAUCCGAGGAAGAGAAUAGAGAAGGGCAAGGGAGGCGUAGUCGCACUAAUGAAGUAAGAAGGGACUGUCCGUAUCUUGAUACUGUCAACAGACAGGUUUUGGAUUUUGACUUUGAGAAGUUUUGCUCAGUAUCUCUUUCAAACUUAAAUGUGUAUGCCUGUUUGGUUUGUGGGAAGUAUUAUCAAGGAAGAGGACCUAAAUCUCAUGCAUAUACACAUAGUCUUGAAGCAGGACAUCACGUCUACAUUAAUCUUCGAACUGAGAAAGUUUACUGCCUUCCUGAUGGAUAUGAGAUUAUUGACCCAUCACUAGAGGACAUUCGGCAUGUGCUCAAUCCAAGGUUUACACGAGAGCAAGUUGAUCAGGUAGAUCGAAAUAGGCAAUGGUCCAGAGCACUUGAUGGCUCGGAUUAUCUUCCUGGAAUGGUUGGACUUAAUAACAUCAAAGAGACUGACUUUGUUAAUGUCACCAUUCAGUCUUUGAUGCGAGUUACUCCCUUGCGGAACUUCUUUCUUAUCCCUGAGAACUACAUCCACAGCAAAUCCCAACUUGUUCUUAGGUUUGGAGAGCUCACACGUAAAAUUUGGCAUGCUAGGAACUUCAAAGGACAGGUGAGUCCACAUGAAUUCCUGCAGGCAGUUAUGAAAGCUAGCAAAAAACGUUUUCGAAUAGGUGCACAAUCAGAUCCAGUUGAAUUUAUGUCAUGGCUUCUUAAUACACUGCAUGGAGAUCUUAAAACUUCAAAAAAGGGCUGCAGCAUCAUUCACCAAUGCUUUCAGGGUGAAUUGGAAGUGGUGAAAGAGAUCCAUGGCAAGUCAAUUGCCAAGAGAAAGCAAAAUGGAGACAACCAAAACCAGGAUAAUGGUGAUGAUAAUAAUGUUACUCUAGUGGACAAUGUACUCAUGGAAACCAGUAAAAUGCCUUUCUUAAUGCUUGGGCUGGACUUGCCUCCUCCUCCUUUAUUUAAGGAUAUCAUGGAGAAAAAUAUCAUUCCACAGGUUCCACUUUUCAACAUACUGAAGAAGUUUGACGGAGAGAUGGUGACUGAAGUUGUGCGUCCUUGUAUAGCAAGGAUGAGAUACCGUGUCACAAAAUUGCCCCAGUAUCUUAUUCUCCAUAUGCGCCGAUUUACAAAGAACAACUUUUUUGUGGAGAAAAAUCCUACCCUAGUUAAUUUCCCUGUGAAGAAUCUUGAGCUGAAGGAUUACAUCCCACUCCCUGUGCCCAAUGAGAAUGAAAAGUUGCGAUCUAAGUAUGAUUUAAUUGCUAAUAUAGUUCAUGAUGGUAAGCCGGGUGAAGGAUCCUAUAGAGUCUUUGUGCAGCGGAAGUCAGAAGAGCUAUGGUAUGAAAUGCAAGACCUUCAUGUAUCAGAAACUUUACCACAGAUGGUUGCCCUUUCCGAGGCAUACAUGCAGGUAUAUGAGCAGCAGCAUUGAUUGCCGUUGUAUACUUUACCGAAAGCUGAGGUUUCGUACUUUGACCAGACAUGCCCGAUGGGAGGUAUCAAUAUUAUCAUCAUAGACUGUUCAAGAUGUUGUAAAUUUCACUUAAUGACCAAAAGCAUUCAGUGGAUGAGCUAACGCUCAUGCGUGCCAAGAAGACCUUAGAGGAAUUUACUUUGAAUUGUUGUUAUAACAACACUGAUUUUGUGUUCUGAAUUAUGAUUUUUGGGCCAGUAAAGAUUGCAGAGUGAUAUUUGAUAUUUGAUGCUUUAUACGUAUCAGCUUGUCUUGGUUCUCCAGAAUGGCAUGCUUUAUUAUCUCACUAUCUGCUUUCGUGUAGUAUUGUAUUUAAAAAAAGACAUACAUGAGUUUGUUUGAAGUAGUUUAUUCAAACUGGAUUUUACUUGUGACUAUAAGUUCUCAUCAUGGAUUAUUGUUGACAUCACGGAUUUAGACAAAGGAUAUUUUGUAAUGUGUUGCUUUUCAAUAAAGUCUAAGUUCGUUAUUUCUUAAAUUUUGGUCAUUUAUCUUCAAGAUGCAAGAACAAUAUUCUUAUAUUGCAAGACAUAGUGUGCUGUUUAUUCAACUAUACACUCAAUUCCAAAUGUCAACUGAAAUUAGCUGUCUGAUUUGAUUCUG